AUGGUUGACCUGCCACCAAUCCCUCCCGAACCUUGUCCACCCACGCUAUUGGAAAGUGAAGAACAAUUCGGCAACCCUUUCAAGUACCCGCAUGAAAUCUCAGAGAUCAUCUGCCCUCUUCUACUCGCUGACAGUGGUUGUUCCACUACUUCAGAGAUUUUGUCUGUUGUAGAGCAAGUUCAUCCACUGCUGGUGGCCUAUGUAGAAGAGUUGAAGAAGAACAAUCAGAAAAGCGAUCGCAUAGGCAUACUAUUGUGCCAAACUUGUUAUUCAUUUGCUUGUCAAACCCCUCCCUGUCACCAUAAGAUGAAGGAGUGGAGCAUUUGGGCCCCUACAGCCGAGGAGUAUGAUUUGUUACCUCCAGACAAGGCUAGUUUCCUUUUCUUGCAUUUUUUCUCUGUGACACAUCGCUACAAAAAUCGCGAGGCACAGUACCUCAAAUACAAGAUGGAGUGGAUCGAGAGUGAUAAAGCAUACAGAGAUGCGCUUAAGAGUCACGAGCAAGCCAUAAAGCUUCACGAAAAAGCCAAACAGACUAGAGCUGCCACAGAAUUGAAGGCCAAAAAAGGUCUCAAGGAGAAGAAAUUGAAGCUGCUUGCUGUAGCUGGACAAACCAAAACUGAUCCCAAGGCUAAAGCCUCACAGAAGCCAAAGAGAUACGGACAAUUUAAGGUCCAAAUGCUGGAGAGCAUGCAGCUUUCCAUCUCUUACACUUCAUUUCAGUCAUUUACUGAACCUGAAAAUGUCUUGAAAGUUGCUUGUCUUGAGGCAUCAAAUCUGCAUCAAAUCCCACUCCCACCUUCGGAGACAAAUGAUGCAUCAUCUGCCAGCACUUUCUCUUUCGACCCGGUCUUGCUUUCCCGUGUAUUGGAUUUAGGACCUCCUCAGCGGGCCAUGUGUUAUUCUUGCUUCAUGGCUGGUCAUGGGGUGUCCUGUGACCAUGAUGAAUUUACUUCAGGCACUUGCAUGUGCUGCCACGAUGGUCAUAGAGGCUGCAAAUCGCUUGCCUGCUCCCCUGGCGACCAAAGGCAGUUGGUCAAUACUGUCUUUCAAGCAUCCCAUAGCAGUAAUGAAGCCAUCACUCAUCAGGUAGCACAGAUUGAACACUGUCAGUCCUUAGUAUCUGGCCUGUCUCAAAUUGUUGCUUUCGAAGAUGGAACUCCAGGAGAUUCCAUUCCUGUAUUGAAGGAGAUGGUAUGCAAGUAUCCUCUUCUUCAGCGCUUGGUUGAAGUGGGUUUGCUCAAAUUGAAUGACCCCAAUCUAUCUCCUGCAUACAUUGGUCACCUGGCAAAUGAUCAUACAUCUUCAACGAGUUCAGUGUCCACAAAGCCCAGUCCAGAAACCAUGGAAGGCAGCAGUGCUAGCAGCCAAGGGACUGAUGAUGAAGUAAUGGAAACCUAA